AUGAAUACUCGGGAUUUUGUUGUUUGUGCAACACUUCUUCAGAUUGAAGCAACUUUCUCCAUAGAUGCACGCAUCAUCGAAGGGGAGAAGGAGCAAAACCAGGCAGCUCAGAAGAAGGCGAUAGUUGUGGGGCCGUGGGGAGGUAACGGAGGGACUAAUUGGGAUGACGGGAGUUAUAACGGUGUGAGGGAAAUCACAGUUAUGUAUGGCCGUUGUAUUGAUUCGAUACGUAUAGUUUAUGACAAGAACGAUAAGCCUGUUUCUGGAGACAAACACGGAGGUGCUGGAGGUACCAAAAUUGCUGAGAUCAAGCUGCAGUUUCCGGACGAAAUCUUGACAACGGUGACGGGCUAUUACUCGCCGGUGGUCCACGGUGGCAGCCCCGUUAUCCGUUCACUCACAUUCAAGACUAACCGGAGAACAUUCGGGCCGUUUGGGGUAGAAGAAGGCACCCCCUUCUCCUUACCAAUGGAAGGGGGCCAAAUUGUAGGGUUCAAAGGGAGGGGCGGUUGGUACUUGGACGCCAUCGGUUUUCAUAUAUCGAGACCUAAAAAUACAACACCCAAAGUCAUGCAAAAAGUCCAGCAGAGAUUCCGAAGACUCACUAGCUCCGUCUCGUUUGCCGUUCCUAGUCGAGACGAGCGAAAUCAACGAAACUUCCUGCGUAAGGAAUCAGUCGCAAAGCCAUGAUCGCCCCCCCCCCCCUAGCUAGUCGUAUGCGGAAUGCGUACUAUUAGUUUAUUACCGUAUAUACAAGUUAUGUGAUAUAGGUAGUUAUUGUUCGAUAUUCUACGUGUUGCUCGUUUUCAUCUACUCGUAUAUAACGCUAAUAUGCUAUAAAAUGUUCUUACGUUUCGAUACGGGCCGAUUUCGCGAGCGUUUCGCGGAUCAUCUCUCACUCCACUAAUCAAUUUACAAUGGCUC